AUGGAGAUACCUACCGGUUCGGAAUUAUCAGCUUCGUUGGCGGCUGAAGCUGCGGCGGAACUUCUUGCAGCCGAUGUCGGUGACGACCCUACACUCGCAUUAUUGCCCACCGAUAAGCCAUCGGAGCCUGAAGAGGAUAUAUAUCACGAUGCCACAGAAACCGAUCCUCUGGCUGGGGAUGUUGAAAAACAAUCCGAAGAUGAGAUCAGUAUGAAAAGCGAGUGCUCAGCGGAGAAAAAAGAGGAUCCACUAGACGAUACAAAGUGUGACGUCAGUCCGAAUGAGCGAGUUUCAGUUGAAUGCACGGAAGAUGAUGUGGAAGCUACAGAUCCCUUAGAAACCCUGGCUUUGGCUGCUGCUCGGCGCAGCGGGGAUAAUCUCCCUGAUGAAAAUGAUAUACCUUCGAUGGAUGAGGUCGUCGAGAAAAGCAAACCGGACUAUAGCCCUCUCGAUCCACAACCCUCCCCGUUAAUGUCCGAGCCGGAGACACAAGCUUCCGCUUUGAACGGUCUUGACGAUGAUUUGGCAACCGCUCCUGUUCAUCCGACCGUCGGCAUCUCCACCACAGGCUUAGUCUCCACCUCACCCACCAAUACAAACAGACUUAUCUCUGUACCGAAUGCCGGCCUACGUCCCGCUGCGGCUCUGACAAGCGUCACUGCCCCUGGUCACCAAACGCCGCGACCACUCACUACCGGCUCUACUAAUACCGCCCUAUCGAAUCAGCAGCCAUUGAGUGCCUUCGGAAGCCCCACUAUGCACCGUUCGGAUAGCUCGUGGCAUGAUGUAGCAGUCAUUAAGUCUGCGAGUUACACUGUCACAAUGUACUCUGCGUACACCAAUGAUAUCGGUAUCAACAGAGAGGUAUGUACUUUGUAG